AGCCCAUAAAUCUUGCCCCCGCUGCCGCGCGCCAACACCGUCACUCUUGUUGAUCCUAAAACCCUAACCCCUAGCCAGCGCUCCGCCGCCAUCCGCCGGCGAGAUGGCGUUGUACCUGCUGUUCGAGUCGGCCUCCGGCUACGGCCUAUUCCAUGCGUACGGUAUCGAUGAGAUCGGGCAGAGCGUUGAGGCCGUGCGCUCCUCCGUGCUGGACCUCGACCGCUUCGGCAAGGCCGUCAAGCUCACUGCCUUCAAUCCUUUCUCCUCUGCCGUCGACGCGCUCAACCAGUGCAACGCUAUCUCUGAAGGAAUCAUGACCGAUGAGUUGAGGAGCUUCCUGGAGCUGAACCUGCCGAAGCCUAAGGAGGGGAAGAAGGCCAAAUACAGCCUCGGCGUUGUCGAGCCCAAGGUCGGCUCCCACAUCUCCGAGGUCACCGGCAUCCCCUGUCAGAGCAACGAGUUCGUCCAGGAGCUGCUCCGCGGUGUCCGCCUCCACUUCGACCGUUUCAUCAACGAGCUUAAGGAUUCUGACUUGGAGAAGGCCCAACUUGGCCUGGGGCAUAGCUACAGCAGGGCUAAGGUGAAGUUCAAUGUGAAUCGUGUUGAUAACAUGGUGAUCCAAGCAAUAUUUCUGCUGGAUACACUUGACAAGGACAUCAAUUCCUUCUCCAUGAGAGUCAGGGAAUGGUUCUCAUGGCACUUCCCUGAGCUUGUCAAGAUUGUGAAUGACAAUUACCUUUAUGCCAAGCUUGCUAAGUUUAUUGUGAACAAAUCUGAUUUGGCGGAAAAAGAUAUCCCAGCUUUGGCUGAUAUAGUUGGUGAUGAGGACAAGGCUAAAGAAAUUGUUGAAGCAGCAAAGGCUUCAAUGGGCCAGGAUCUGUCACCAGUUGAUUUGAUCAAUGUCCAGCAAUUUGCCCAAAGGGUUAUGAAUCUCUCUGAGUAUCGCAAAAACCUUUAUGAAUAUCUCGUGACUAAGAUGAAUGAUAUUGCGCCCAACCUGACAUCAUUGAUUGGUGAAGUAGUUGGAGCUCGCCUAAUCUCUCAUGCUGGCAGUCUUUCAAACCUUGCCAAGUGUGCAGCUUCCACCCUUCAAAUACUUGGUGCUGAGAAGGCCCUAUUCAGAGCACUGAAAACUCGAGGGAAUACUCCAAAGUAUGGGCUUAUAUUCCACUCCUCCUUUAUUGGCCGUGCUUCAACCAAGAACAAGGGCAGAAUGGCUCGUUACCUGGCAAACAAAUGCUCGAUUGCUUCACGCAUUGACUGCUACUCGGAGGCUAGUACCUCUGUCUUUGGGCAAAAGUUGCGCGAGCAAGUCGAGGAGAGACUGGAAUUCUAUGACAAGGGUGUUGCGCCUCGUAAAAAUCUUGAUGUGAUGAAAGCUGCUAUUGACAGUAUGGUCAAUGACACCUUAAUGGAUGAUGAUGAUAAUGAGAAGGCGGACACAUCUGCCAAGAAAAGCAAGAAAAAGAAGACCAAAACCGAGACUGAUGGUGAUGCAAUGGAUGUGGAUAAGCCCUCCAACGUGGCUGAUGGAGAAGCUGAGCUUGGAACCGAGAAGAAGAAAAAGAAAAAGAAGCACAAGCUAGAGGAGGCACAGGAGGAGAACGGUGCAGCACAUGCUAAUGGCGACGCUGAAGAGACCCAGACUCCCAAGAAGAAGAAAAAGAAGAGCCGUGAAAUUUCGGAGGAAGCUGAACCUAAGACAGCCACUGAGGGGAAGAAGAAGAAAAAUGAAGAAGCUGAACCUAAGACAGCCACCGAGGGGAAGAAGAAGAAAAAGAAGGCAGUCAAGGCUGAUGAAUGACAAGCUAUUUGUUGUAUGUCAGUACAAAUCCUAGUAUUUGUUGAAAACCGAGAUAAGCACCUAGCUUCUAGUUCAUGAGGUGUACGAUGCAAUUCAAUUCAACUAUGAAGUUCUGCAAUCCAACUCAACUACGAAGUUCUAUCGUCUCUAGCUUGAUUGUAAUUUUUUUAUGAGGGUGCGGUUGGAUAAGCAAAUAGCUUGGUGAGUUGGCGUUCGAUUGUUAUAUUGAGUGAGAACUGAGAUUUGAAGGCAUCUUCGAGACACUUUUUUGAAGGCAGUCAAGGCUGAUGAAUGACAAGCUAUUUGUUGUAUGUCAGUACAAAUCCUAGUAUUUGUUGAAAACCGAGAUAAGCACCUAGCUUCUAGUUCAUGAGGUGUACGAUGCAAUUCAAUUCAACUAUGAAGUUCUGCAAUCCAACUCAACUACGAA